GUCCACGUGUUGCGGUUUGAGUUCAUUCAUUUCUGGCAUGAACAAUGGAGCAAUGAAAAAUAAUAUAAUUAAAGAAUAGAAGUUAAAAACCUAGGCUAACCUAAAUCUGGUAGCUAGUUUAUUAGUCCGUGUUUUCUAUACUAUUUAGUUAAAGUUAAAACAUUUAUUGUAUAAAGGAUAAAAUCAUUUGCAUUGCAAACACAGCUACGCUAGCUUGAGUGAAUCAGACUCAGAGUUGCCUGGAUGAAAAGUACAGUAAAUACCAAUAUGAUCAAGGAAAACAGAUGGAACAUACCCCCAAAUGCCCCGGCGUGCAUGGAGAAGCAUUUGGACUCGGCGCAGUACAGGGCAGGUAAGCAAAGUCACAGCUAGUGAGUGAUGCAAGCCUUGUGUGAUAACGUAGCGCUUGACUUGUAAAAAGAGCUAGCUAGGUACCGCAGCACGUGGUGGUGUCGCGGAAUAAAGAGGUCUAAAUUACUGUUUUAUAAACCAGAUAACAUUAGAUAGCUUAUCACCUAUGUCUAUGAGUGGCUAUGGAUCUUGCAUCAUUAACAGCAAAAAUUACUGUGCCCCUGGCCCUAGCCUGAUAGCUAGCUAGCUGCUAAAACGAACUUGUCACUUAUAAUAUUUUUUAUUUAACUUUUAUUUAACUAGGCAAGUCAGUUAAGAAUAAAUUAUUAUUUACAAUGACGCCCUACCAAAAGGCCUCAUGUGGGGACAGGGGCUGGGAUUAAAAAUAAAAUAAAAAUAUAGGACUAAACACACAUCACGACAAGGGAGACACCACAACACUACAUAAAGAUACCUAAGACAACAGGCAAUGGUGCCUGUAUCAUUAGCUAGCUAUCUAGCUGCUCUUUUGUUAUUUGCUUUUAUUUAUUUACUUAACACUUUUCUAAAAUUGUACUUUUUCUUUAAAAAAACUACAUUGUUGGUUAAGGGCUUCUAAGUAAUCAUUUCACUGUAAUGUCUACACCUGUUGUAUUCGGUGCAUGUGGCAAAUAAAAUUUGAUUUGAUUCAGCUAUUGACAUUUCCCUAUUUUCUUCCCCUAGAUGGCACCCUGUUGCUGGGAGCCUCCAGUCUGACGGGCAGAUGCUGGCUGGGCUCCAUCUGGGUCUACAGUGACCCCAAGCAGUCUCCCAACGAGGGCUUCUGCAAGGCUGGUGUGCAGACAGAGGCUGGGGUCACAGAGGCAAAGUGGGUUUCAGAGAGGGGCGUCCUAGUUGCAUCUGACUCGGGUAAGUAGGAAUGACAGUUAUCGUUACUCAUGCAUAUUAUAUUCAGCUGUAAAUAAGGCUGUUCAACCAUGAGGGAUAAUCUGUUAAAGCACAAUGAUUACAUAUAAUUCAGGCCACAUUAUCACAUAGAUUACUUGGUAUACAACAGUGUGGGUGCAAUGGGGUUUGUCUGGGUGUUGUAGGUGCUGUUGAGCUGUGGGAGCUAGCGGAGGACGAGAGUCUGCUGGUGAAUCGGUUCACUAAACUCGAGCAUGAUCACAUCGUCACCAGCGUGAGCCCUGCUGGGUCAAACCACGCCGUCAGCGGCAGUAUGGACUGCCGGUCAGUAGGGGGCAUUCUCUGAUUGUGUGUUUGUGUUUGUCUCAUGCACAUCUUUUAUUUUGGAUUUGAUAACAUAACAGACCCUAGGCCCUAACAGACCCUAGGUCCUAGUGCAGGGUUCUUCAAUUCCGGUCCUGGAGGGCCGAAACACUUCUGUUUUUUAUUUCUACCUGGUAGUUAAUUGCACUCACCUGGUGUCCCAGGUCUGAAUUAGCCCCUGAUUAGAAGGAGAGGAUGAAAAACAGAGGUGUUUCGGCCCUCCAGGACCGGAAUUGAAGAACCCUGCCCUAGUGUAACCAGCCUGGCUGUGAGUCUGUUUUAACAGCUGCAGGUUAUGGAGUGUUUUGCAGCUUGGUAUGCUUUUCCUGGUGAAGAUUUAAUGUCAAUUGUAUGCUGUGAACAGCCUAUGUCUUGCUCAGUUCUUUCUCUUUUCUACAUGCUGCAGAAUCAAAGUCUGGGACCUUAGUCAGGGGGAGGUGGUCAGCACAUAUAACGGUAAGGAAACUCUACGUCUUUAUAUCUCUGUAUCUUGAGCUGCACAGUGACUCCACUCUUAAAAAGUGUCAGUUGCAGUGUUUCUCAUGUUUAUAUAGCCUGUCUAGUUAAUCAUUAGUCCAAACAGUUGCAGAAGGUUUUGCAACUAAAACUAGUUUCUAUUGGACAAAUUCAGCUAGGUCCUUAGGUUCUGUUUUUCUGUUUUAAGAAACGUUUUGCAACAGAAUCAGUGUAAUUCAUUGGUUCCUGAUCUGUCUCCUGUUCCACAGCUCACUCUAAGCCAGUCACUUGUGUAUCCUGCAAUCCAUCCGAUGACUCCCUCUUCCUCUCAUGUGGCCAGGUAAGAGCCAAGACUGAUUGGAGGGUUGUCUGUUUUAUUCAAUUGUUCAGUUCAGAAUGAUAAGUGUGGAUUGUAUAUUGUGUACUGUGCUAUAUGAAGCUAGAUACAGUAGAAGGUUGUAACUUACUGUACUGCAUGAAACUGUUAGUGCACUCAGUUUCCUCUCUCCAUUCCCCUUCCCUCAGGAUGGCCGUCUGUUGCUUUGGGACAGGAGGAAACCCACCAAACCAGCCUCUAGAUUAGGUGAGUAGAAUCCGUCUGAACUGCACAGUCAGCUAGGCAGCAGGGUUUUUCUCUGAGCCGAGAUGCAUAGACUUUUCAGUUGCCAAUGUAUUGACACCUGUGACGUUAAUCUUGGAUUGUCAGUGGGUCUUGUAGUUUUUCAGUAUUGGUCGAGGAGCAUAGUUUUUAAGGCUGCCUUUGGUUCUGUUGUCGACGUGUACAUCCAUUAGUAACCCAAUAUUAUAACAUUUAAUUCUGAUAACCGCAUGUCAGGUCACUGCAGUAGAAACUCACACCAACAUGUCCUUGAUAAUCAAUCAGGCUUGUUUCUAUAGUAUUUCCUAAGCAACUUUUUCCAGCGAUCCUCGUAAUUUCAAUAAAGCUGUGUUGGGACAAUUAUUGUGUACGUUUUGAAAACAUCCACACCUGAAAAGUUUCCAGACUUCUGCAGCACACCAACGUACCCAUUCACUCUGUUCAAAGUACACAUGCAAUGCAUGUGAAUAUCUAUUUUUGAAAGCAUGUACAUGGUCAGGUGUGGACAACCAUGUUGUUCAGUCAGUGCAUGUUGCUGUGGUAGGUGAUUUCCCAGCUGAUUUUGGAGAUUUGAUCUUGUCUCAGAGGUAGAGCCCAGCUGUUGCCCUACCUCAGUGGCCUGGCAUCCCCACCACAGGACCACAAUCGCCUACGGUAAGGACUAGCACUACAUUUACCAUGAUGCGUAGUGGUCCAAGCACAUCAUUGUUCUAAAAGAUUAAUCUUCCAGGCUUCAAUGAUAGAUAUUUGUUGAUUUAUUGUUGGUUCAGGUGACGAGCUAGGACGCGUGACUCUGAAAGACUUUCAGGGCACAGAGCCUGCCCAGACGCAGAGCACCCACAGCCGUAGGGUCUCCAGCCUAGCCUUCUCCACACACAGGUAAGCACCAGCUCACCUCACACACAUCUACAGCAGUAAGUGGUUUGUCAGAAUGAGCUAACACAAUGAUCUCUUACCUUCCACCACAGCGCCCCCUUGCUAGCCUCCAUCAGUGAUGACUGCUCCGUUGCUGUGAUGAACUCGGAGCUUAAGGAAACGUAAGUCUCAAUGUGUAUGGGCUUUUGUCUCUAGCUGAUCCUUUUGGCUUGUCAACUCAGAGCUAUGAAAUAAAAUAGUCCAAAUAGUAUAUGUACCCAGUCAUUCACCACUUAAUAAGGUGGCUCUGCUCCUCCUGUCCAGGUUGAGAGACAGGAGGCACCAGGACUUUGUUCGGGGUGUCUGCUGGGCCCCUGGCGGUUCUGACACACUUACCACAGUGGGCUGGGACCACCAGGUCCUCCACCAUAUCACGGGACAGGACGGACCCGCCACUGGAGACUCCACGUCCCCACCGUAGACCCAGCCUGGGUCAGGGGAUCGGGGAAGGGUGGUUGUGGAAGUAUGGGGUUUUGUAGGAGGUGGGGGAGAAUUUGAGGGGUUGGCAUGAGGGUAGUUGUCAAUACCCACCACACUGGAACAGGACAGUAUACUGAUGUUUUCCCAAUCCUAGUCUGAAAGUACCCAUGGCCAUGCAGGUUUUCUUUCCAACUGAUUUCUAAAUCAAUUAUGUGUAAAGGUAGAGUCAGCAAUGUACCAAGUAAAUCAGGACGUUUUUCUGCAACAACUAAGAGUAAGGCUAAACAUUGUAGCUUUUUUCGUCCCGCAGCUAUCACGUUGCAGCAGCUUGAAGCGCACCCGUGCACAUGCAAAAAAUGUUUGUGGCAGCAAAGUCUUGCACCACAUGUUUGCGGUUCAUCCUGUUGCUCGUAGCAAUGUCAUACGCUGAGUCUCAGUUUGAGGUGUAUUAGCCACUUGUAGGACAUUACCUGUGGUGUGCAGUUUGUUCUUGGGGAAAUUAACUAAGAAAUGGAUUGGGGUAGUUAACAUGUGGGUUACUUUAAGAUGUGUUUGGAAAUGCUGCCAAAGGAAAUGGGAAUCUUUAAUCUAACGAACCCAUCUGAUCACGUUUACAGUCCAACCCCAUGUAACCUUUGUUUAACCACCCGGGGUGCUGUAUUACGUGGCAUGUAAGCUAGUCUGAGAAGUGUAAGCCACUGGCUCUUUGGAUAAGAUUUACUAGUCAAUUAUACCGUUGCGCAUUCUGAUAUAACACUGUGGACUAGAAUGACCUGGUUAAAGUAGUGACCACACAAUAAAUGCCAUGAGCAAAGUGUUUUCCCAAUUUAUGUAAAUUUGAAAAGUCUGUAAAUCUUCACUGCAGGGCUUGUUUGGACCAGUGUGCUUCCAUUCCAUAUUCUCCCUCCUCUUCCUUGGCACUUUCUUUUGUGUAGAUGUUCUCAUCUCUCACUUGCACAUGUGUACCAGAAACAGAAAACACUGUCCUUAACUGUUUUCGUCCACACGAAGACAUUCCUUGGAUUGGAUUGUCUGGUACAUGUCUGGUGGUGCAUUUUAGAAGUCUGAGGAGUACAACUUAAAACUGACGUAAUCAACUUGUUUUUCCAUCCUUCAAUAAAGUUUGUGUCCGAAAAC